AGCUCCGGCCAUGGAGAGCGCAGCGGCCCCUGAGGCCCGGGGCGCCGAGGCCCCGCGCCCGCCCGCGCCCCCGCCGUCGCCCGCCGAGCCCCCAGCCGCGCCCCGCGCCCGCCCGCGCCUGGUUUUCCGCACGCAGCUGGCGCACGGCAGCCCCACGGGCAGGAUCGAGGGCUUCACCAACGUCCGCGAGCUCUACGCCAAGAUCGCCGAGGCCUUCGGGAUCGCGCCCACCGAGAUACUAUUCUGCACCCUAAACAGCCACAAAGUAGACAUGCAGAAACUCCUGGGCGGCCAGAUAGGGCUGGAGGACUUCAUCUUUGCCCACGUGCGCGGCGAGACCAAGGAAGUGGAGGUCACUAAGACGGAAGACGCCCUGGGCUUGACCAUCACGGACAAUGGGGCCGGCUACGCCUUCAUUAAGAGGAUCAAGGAGGGCAGCAUCAUCAACCGGAUCCAGGCCGUGUGCGUGGGCGACAGCAUCGAGGCCAUCAACGACCACUCCAUCGUCGGCUGCCGUCACUACGAGGUGGCCAAGAUGCUCCGCGAGCUGCCCAAGUCACAGCCCUUCACCCUGCGCCUGGUGCAGCCCAAGAGAGCCUUCGAUAUGAUUGGCCAGCGGAGCAGAAGCAGCAAAUGCCCCGCGGAUGCAAAAGUGACCAGCGGGAGGGAGACCCUGCGACUGCGUUCCGGGGGGGCCGCCACAGUGGAGGAAGUGCCCACCGAGUUUGAGGAGGAGGCGUCCCGGAGGGUCGACGACCUGCUGGAGAGCUACAUGGGCAUUCGGGACCCUGAGCUGGGUAAGGGGCCAGGCGUCCACCAUGGUGGACACAGCCAAGAAGACGCCGAGCGUCCAGGAGUUUGCGCACCGUUUAGAUUCCGUCUUGGGCGAGUUUGCCUUCCCGGACGAGUUUGUGGUGGAGGUGUGGGCCGCCAUCGGCGAGGCCAGGGAGGCCUGCGGCUAGUCUGCCCCGGGGCUGAGCGCAGCCCCAGCCCGGAGCCCAGCCCCCUGCCGCGGCCCUCCCCGCCGGUUCCCGAAGCCCAGCCCUGCGCCAGAGCCCAGGCCAGCUUGGAGACUGGGCUCCUCUCUAGAACCCAAUCCACCUCUGAGACCCUACCCAGUUCCAAAACCCAGUCCCCCUCCAGAGCCCAGGCCAGCUCUGAGACCGAGUUCACUUCUAGAACCCCUACCACUCCGUGCGGAGACCCAACCCGGCUCCAAAACCCAGCCCUCUUCUAGAACCCAAGACGGCUCUGACGCGAAGCCCAGCCCUGAAAUCAAGUCAAGUUCUGGAGCCCAGCUACGUUUCAGGACACAGCCGAGCCCCGAGAUCAACCCCGGUUCUGGAAGCCAGCCCGGAUCUCUGACCAAGCUCUGCCGUAAAACUCGACCGGACUCUGGAACUCAAGACAACCCCGUGACCCGGCCGUACCCGGACACCCCGUCCAGUUCAGGAACUCUCGUUAGUUCUGGAGCCCGGGCCAGACUCAAGAAACAGCCCGGCCGCAGUGGCCACACCGGCCCAGGAUUGGAAGAGGGCCCCCAAACCCAAGUCUGCUCACGAACCCAGACGCAAGCUGAACUUCGGUCCAGACCCAGACCCCAGCCCUGCUCUAAAACCCAACUGCCCUCAAGUACCCACUCCCAACCCGGGGCCCGGUCCAGUUCCAGUGAUGAGUCCAGCUCAGAGACGGAGCCCAGUUCUAUGCCCCAACCUAGUGCUACAACCAGGCCCGUCUCCAGAAUUCACACAAGCUCUGGAACCGCAGCCCUCCCUGAGGCAAGGCCUGCCUCCCGAGCCCAGCUCGAUGCCGAGCCCUGCUCUCACGGCAGAACGCAGAGCAGCUCUAGAAUACCGUCGGACUCCGGGACCCAGACCGACCUCAAAGCCUGGGCAGUUUCCAGAGCUCAGUCCCGCUCAGGCACUCCACCCAGCUCUGGAGCUCAGCUCAGUUCUGGAGCACAGAGUGCGUCUGAGAUCCCGUCUGGCUCCCCAGUGCAGUCUGUGGCUGAGGCCCCACUAAGUUCCAGAAUCCAGCUAAACCCUGGCGUCCUAUCUAGCCCUGGGACCCAGACCAACGCAGCAAUCGACUUAAAGUCCACAAAUCUGUCUGGCGCGGAGAGCAGACUCAGUUGCAGGACGCAGACUUGUCCCAGAGCUCCGUCGACCUCUGGGACUCAGCUCGUCUCAGAAACCCUGCCGAGUUCUAGAUGCCAGCUUCAAGCCACAGCCCAAGGCAGCUCUGGUAUUGAGCUGAACUCUGGGAAGCAGACGAGCUCUGGAACUCAGCUCAUCUCUAGAGCCCAGUCCAGCUCUGGAACCCAGCCCAGCUCCAGGAUUCAGUUCAGCCCUGAGAGCCAGCCCAACUCUGAAACCCAGAGCAGUUCAAGAACCCAGCCUAUGUCUGGAACCCAACCAAGCUCCAGAAGCCUGAUCAGUUCUAGAACCCAGCUCAGCUCUGACACCCAGCUCACUUCAGAGACCCAGCCCUGUGCAAGAAUUCAGCCCAGCUCUGGAGCCC